AUGGCCACCACUGAAGCCCAUUUUCAUAACGUUCAAAUCAGCUCUCUUUUGCCAGCCCCAGUUUGCAGUCCCUCCACUGAUGCAGGGUCCACCCAGAGGCAAUCUGCAGCACUGGAAGUUCAUCACAGGCACGGCCCAUGCUUUUCCCAGCAAACCCAAACCAAACCCACCUCCAAGUCCAAUCCACCACCAUUAUCCAAGAUUCUCACCCACGACCAAUCCAGAGUCGAAGCCAUACAGGCCCGUAUCAACCCCGGCCCAAACCCAAACCGAAAGAACAAUAACCGGUUCAAGGACUCAAAGUCCGACCUCCCGGCUCAGCCCGGCAGGUCAUUCAACACUGGCAACUACGUCGUCACCGUCCGCCUCGGCACCCCCGAAAAGCCCCUCUCCCUCGUUUUCGACACGGGCAGCGACCUCACGUGGACCCAGUGCCAGCCGUGCGCCAGGUCGUGCUACAAUCAGCGGGACCCCAUAUUCGACCCUUCCUCAUCCACCUCAUACUCCAACAUCUCCUGCACUUCCCCCCAAUGCUCCCUCUUAGCCUCCGCCACCGGAAUUAACCCCGGCUGCUCGGGCGCCACCUGCCUCUACGCCGUGCAGUACGGGGACACCUCCUACUCGGUCGGGUUUUUCAGCAAGGACAAGCUCACCAUCACACAACAAGACGUCUUCCCAGAUUUUCUCCUCGGGUGCGGGGAAAAAAAUCAGGGCCUGUUCGGGUCCACCGCGGGCCUGCUUGGCCUCGGCAGGGACCCGCUCUCGUUUGUGUCCCAAACCGCUGCUAAAUACGGGAAAUACUUCUCCUACUGCCUCCCUUCGCUCUCCAGCCUCACGGGGCAUCUAGCGUUCGGGAAAAGCAGCAGCGCUCCAAAUAACGUCAAGUUCACGCCUUUCGCGGGCUCGCGGGGCAACUCGUUCUAUUUUGUCAAGAUCGUCUCGAUUUACGUGGGCGGGGCACGGGUGCCGAUUGAGCGCUCGGUGUUUCAGUCAGCCGGCAGCAUCGUAGACUCGGGGACGGUUAUUACUCGGCUGCCGCCGGGGGCGUACGGCCCGAUGAGCGCUGCUUUCCAGAGGCUGAUGGGGAAGUACACGCGGACAGGGGCGUACUCGCUUUUGGACACUUGCUAUGAUUUGGGGAAUGCGACAAGUAUCACAAUCCCGGCUGUGUCGUUUGUUUUCGAAGGGGAUGUGGAGGUGGAGCUGGCGGCGUCGGGGAUACUAGUUGCCGUGGGCCCGAGCACGGUAUGCCUGGCUUUUGCCGGAAACAGUAGGGACGCCGACGUGGGGAUAUUCGGGAACACGCAGCAGAAGACGCUGGAGGUGGUGUAUGAUGUGGCCGGAGGGAAACUGGGGUUUGGAGCCGGGGGUUGUAAGUAG